AUGCCUGUGGCUGCACAGGUCACAAGAGACCGAAGCUACACCUUCGGCAGAAGAGGUGCCAACACGCCCUCCCUGAUGCCUGGAGAAGCUGUGAUCUGCCCGGAGGUCACUGCCAUGGAAGGCCUCUCCGUGGUGGCGUUGCAAACUGCCUGCCCGCAUCCUGUCGACAGGAUUGCGGGAGGCCGCGCUUGUGGCCUCAAUGCUGUGGCUGACACAGCGGACCUCACAGCCCGGCUGGCCGUGCAUGCGGCAUGCGAGGAGCCUGUCAAAAGACCGGAGGAGACCGAAGAGUUGCACGGACAGCAGCAAAUUGUCGAAACACCCACCGCCCUCUCACCAGAGGAAGUGAUUGAGCCAGCGCCCUCGGAGGGUCUCGAUGUUGCAAUUGCCGGCGCAGACGCGAGCAGCGCCGACGGUGCAAACCGAUUCGCGCAGCCAUCAGAGGAUAUGCAUGCGAAGGAACUGCCUGUCACGGAGCAGCUGGACUUGGUGCCCUCACAGCUGUCGAUUGAUUCUAUUCCGGCGGCUCAGCUAGAUUGGCCUUGGCCGCAGGAUGGGGGGGGCGGAUCCCAGACGAGCCUGAGAAGUCCGGUAGACCCCGGCACUUCACAGCCGUUAGACGAGGGCUUUCGUGCAGGCCUCACGUUGAUACACCCAGUGGAGCUUCGGCACCUUUCGGAGAGAGAGCUGCUGAACACGCUGCUGGUUCACUUUGCUUGUGGCCCCCAGCCCACUCCGACCCAGCAUGCUCGCACUCGCAUCCUGCAACAGCAGCCUGCCCCUUUGCCAUCCGCUCCUGCCACUGCCGCUCUUGCGACGCGCCCUCCCACCAAGUCGAAGACGAAGGCAGCGAGCUCUCCGCCACCCAAAGCCCCCCCGCAGCAACGCAUUGAUCCGGAGCCAGCGAAAUCUAUAGCAGCACAACAAUGUAAGCUGCAAACACUGCCAACGUCUUCAGAAGCAAAGGCCAGCAAUGUGCAGACAGUGCAAACAGCUAUCGUCCAAGAAGUCGAGCAGAUGCAGCCCCUAAAGCCCGUGCAACGAGCACCUUUAGCUCAUCCCUCGCUGGUGCGACGCCAGCGCCGCCCUGGAGCGGCAGUUGCUCCCAGUUUCUCGGCACUUUGGCAAUCAAUGUGCACAUCGCUGCCCAAACAGCACAGCGAGAAUCCUGACAAGGCGGAUGCAGGUGUCGGCCUCACAGUCCGUCGUGUUGGCAUGCUGCCAGCCCAUGUGGGAGACAGAUUCGCUAGAUCCCGGCAGACGCGGUCGCGCAAUCGGACAAAAGCUGCGGGCUCCUGCCAUGCCUGGACGGCGGCAGGUCAGGUGCUCAUGUGGGACACAGCAAACCUGUUUGUGCUCGCUUUGUCUACUGCGCCAGGCAAGCUCCAUGCUGGCGACGUUUCGAGACCGUGUGUCGAUGAGUUCAAGCCAUGCCCGGACAAAAGCGCCAGUAGAACCAGAAAGGGAGCUCCAGACGACACCAGCAGUCCGCAAGAGCAUCACCCGAAGCUUGCUCGACAAGAUGCGGCGCUACAUGCCGGACAUGGAAAGCAGACCAAAGUUUCAACAGCAGCAGCAGAAGCCGGCAAUUGGCUUUCCCAGGAAAAAGCUGUGUCGAGGGAGAAUUCGAACAGGAACGAGCGCAAACGGGCAACACCGAUGCCUGAUGAGGAGCUUCCUGGAAAGAGAGCCCGAGACAAGGCCAAGCUUCCAGGCCUCUCCCAACGCAUUGGGCUUUCGCCGAGGUCGCAAAUCAAGUGA